ACAGAGAGCGGUAGCAACGGACGAGCUGCAGCUGAUAUCCCCUGACACAAUUAUGUCUGUCUCGCCACCGCCAGUUUCUCUCAGGUAUCCGUUUACCGGAGUCUGAAUGGCGUUGGUAACUGUGCAGCGGUCGCCUACUCCAAGCGCAACAUCCAGCCCUUGCGUUUCGGAGUCUGGCAGUGGGGAAGAUGACCGCAGAUCUCAGCCCAGAAGCAUCAGUGAGAGCUUCCUAACAGUAAAAGGUGCCGCCCUUUUCCUUCCACGUGGAAAUGGCUCCUCUUCCUGCUCCUCCAGAAUCACAGGACAGCGCAGUAAACAUGCAGGUGACCUUCAGCAGCACCUGCAGACCAUGUUCACUUUUCUGCGGCCAGAGGACAACAUCCGUCUGGCUGUGCGGUUGGAGAGCGCCUUCCCUCAGUGCACCCGCUACAUGGUGGUGGUCUCCACUAAUGGCAGACAGGACACUGAGGAAAGCUUGGUGCUGGGCAUGGACUUCAACCCCUCCGACAGUUCCUGUUCCAUAGGCAUGGUGCUUCCCCUUUGGAGUGACACACGGAUUCACCUGGAUGGAGACGGGGGUUUCAGUGUAUCCACAGAUAACAAAAUGCACAUAUUCAAGCCAGUCUCAGUUCAAGCCAUGUGGUCUGCUCUGCAGUCUCUUCAUAAGGCCUGUGAGGUGGCCCGCUGUCACAACUACUUUCCAGGCAGUCUCUUCCUGACCUGGGUGAGUUACUACCAGAGCUGCGUGUCCUCAGAUCAGGCCUGCAUCAAUGAGUGGAACGCCAUGCAGGAUGUGCAGUCCCACCGCGCAGACUCACCCGUACUCUUCUCUGAUGUGCCAACUGAGCGAGAAAGAACAGAGAGACUCAUCAAGACUCGUUUGAGAGAGAUAAUGAUGCAGAAGGAUCUUGAAAAUGUGACUUCAAAAGAGAUCCGCACUGAGCUGGAGAUGCAUAUGGUGUGUAACCUACGGGAGUUUAAGGAAUACAUUGAUAAUGAGAUGAUCAUCAUCUUGGGUCAAAUGGACAGGCCAACGGAGAUAUUUGAGCAUGUUUACCUGGGUUCUGAAUGGAAUGCAUCUAAUCUGGAAGAACUGCAAAAUAGUGGGGUGCAAUAUAUCCUUAAUGUGACACGGGAGAUCGAUAACUUCUUUCCAGGACUAUUUGAGUACCAUAAUAUCCGUGUUUAUGAUGAAGAGGCCACAGACCUGCUGGCUUACUGGAAUGACACUUACAAGUUUAUUUCUAGAGCCAAGAAAGCAGGAGCAAAGUGUCUAGUGCAUUGUAAGAUGGGAGUCAGUCGUUCGGCCUCCACUGUGAUUGCAUAUGCCAUGAAGGAGUACAGCUGGGAUCUGAAACAGGCCUUUGAAUAUGUUAAAGAGCGUCGGGCUGUCACCAAGCCCAACCCUUCGUUCAUGAGACAACUGGAGGAGUAUCAGGGCAUCCUGAUGGCAAGCAAACAGAGGCACAAUAAGUUGUGGCGUUCCCACUCGGACAGUGACCUGUCUGAGCACCAUGAGCCUCUGUGUAAGGCCCCUGCUGCACAAUCUCUGGGUCGUUCCAAUUCUCGCAACCAAAUCAGCAGCCAGACCUCACCCUCAAUACAAGAACUACUGCAGACUCUUACACCCAACUCAGCCAAUGCCACUGGAGCUAAAAGCCAGGCAGAGCCUGAAACCAUACCUUGGCCAGACACCCAUAUUUACAACGGCAUGGUGAACCCAAACGAAAAUCUCCAUGGACCCACAAAGGAAGCCUCCCUCCCUAGACCCAAGGCUGCCACUGUUGUCCCGGAGGCCAGAUCUGAUCUCACCUCUGUGACCAUUGCCGAGACAGUCCCAUUGGGUCGUCCUCAUCCACCUGCCACUGUACUCCAUCCCCCCUCGUCCCCCAGGCUUCUCUCAGAUGCAAAGGUCAAACAAGCAGUCCCUGAACAGCCUGAUGUUUCCAAUCUUGUGCCUUUGGAGAAGCCUGAUUCUAAGGUACUCUCAUCUGUGAACAUUAGGAGUAUAACACCUGAGCCAUGCACACAGACCCUGGGUUUUUCAGGGCUGCAGGACCUCCGCCAGCAAGUGCCUAAUACGGAGACGGACUGUGCAGAGCUAAGUCACACCAGUGAUGAAGACCAUCACCCUAUUGCCACAUUACACACAGCUGAUCUCUCUACCACCCACCCCUCAACUCAAAGCACAGACCGAAUUGACUUCUUCAGUGCCAGAGAGAAAUUCCAGGGCCUUUCUCAGGAGGGGCAAACCCGCGGGACUGAACAGACAGCGCAGCAGACACCUCUGGACAAAUGUCAGAGUGUAGAGACAAAGCAUCUACUUCCUGACAACCCUAUUAAAGAGGAAGAGCAGAAAAAGGAGAGUUGCAGUGUCUCAGUCCAUAACAAAGUUUUAGAAAUGGAGUCCAUAAGGCACAGCGUAACCCCUCCUCCCCCUCCUACCAGCCAACCUGUUUCCUGUAGCAGUGAGGAAGAGGAGUUAGCUCAAGGCACAUUAAUGGAAGCUGAAAUGGAGAAGGUGGAUCACGGGAAAGACGUGCAAAGCGACUGGCCAAAAGGCACUGUGCGCCGAGCUACCAGAGAGCUUGAACAGAAGAUCAAGCAGGAGGUCACGGCAACGGCGCUGGCAUCCUCGGCCCCCGCGUGUUCCUCGCGAUGUUCCCCCAUCAACACCAGCACCAGAGAGAGAACUGAGGAGACCACACCCCACAUACACCUCACACCUGAUCCAAGCACUGUGUCAAGUCACCGUCACCAGCCUCAGAACGUUGUGGAGAAGAUGGAGAAAGAAGAACAUUCAGCCGAUGAGGGAAGUGAGAGUGAGGAAAGACAUGGCAAAAGAGAGCACACCGGCUUCGUCAGGUCAGAAAUGAGCCUUAUCCACUUAAGACAAAACUCAUCUCCAGCCAUGGUUCUUCAGCUGGAGGGAAUCACGGAGCAGGAGAGUUGCACAGACUCGGAUUGUCCUUCUGGACGCUGUCCUAAAGACAUGAGGGAAACUUGGGAGUCCCUGAAAGAGCUUGGGGCAUUCCUCUGGAAGGUGAGUGGCUUCUCAGACAAAAGUUUUAGCCCACCGUGGUCGAGAAGGGAGCAGAGAAAGGGCCGGGAUGUGCGAGAGAGGACCAAAGAGGUGGAGGCUCGGAUUCGUCAGGCUGGGCUAACCCGCCCCUCAGUGAUGAAGCGGUCGGCCUCAUUGGCCAAGCUUGGGUUGUUGGAGCUCUCACUCGUUGACCUGAGCGAGCUCGAUUCGAGUCCCGCCUUACUCUCUUCUUCCACCAAUAAGCCACGGCCCCACUUGUGUAGUGAUGAUACCUCAAAAAAGAAGCGAGUUGUACCCCUUUGUACUCCCGAUCUCCCUUCCUUGUUCACAUCUCCGGUUUCUUCCACUGAAUCACAUAUGCUCAGGCACACCGAGGAUUGUAAGACUGAAGAGGUGGAACGUAGUGACUGUGAUGUCAAGCCACUGCCACUCUCCCAAUCGUCCAAUCAUUGUGAGCAGGAUAACGCACAGGAUGCAUUGAUUCCCUUGGCGACACGCCAACAAUACGGGAGGACACAUCCCUUAAGGAGGCUGAAAAAACGAACCGUUAACCCUUACCACACAAUGUGACUUUGAUUUUGGUUUUAUGCCAGUAUGUGUGAGUCAGUACGUUUAGAUGCACUUUUAUAAUCGGGCUACAGCAGGUUUAUGCAUAGUCGAGCUACAGUCUUCAUCUGACCAUGCAUAAUCGAGUAUUUGAAGUAAGGACGUUAGCUGAGGACAGUGUCAGAAAUAAACCUGCUUUGUCUGGAUGCCCCUGAAUUUGAUUUUUAGGGGGAUUUAUUUUUAUUUUUUUUACCUUUUAUGAGGGUUUUUUUUUUUAACAUUUAAAACAAAUGUCUCAUCCGAUUACUUCAAUUUAAUCAGUUAAUUUACACAAAAUGUUCUUUGUAGGUAGAGAAUUGAUUACCUCUUACCCUAUAAAUUCAAUCAACAUCAAUAUGAUAUGCCAUAUGUAUAACUAGAACUGUAAUAGAAUAUUGAGAACAAUAUCAGAUGCUACAAAUAAUAAAUAGAAGAAUUCAUUACAAGGGCAAUUCAUUAUUUUUUUGCCCCCGCAUUUUGAAUUUCGGGGCCUUUUUGCCCCGAGCCACCCUUUAUUUCUGACCCUGGCUGAGGAAGUGUUAAAUAAACGUUGUACAUUACCUGUGCAUGCGCACAAUGGUGAGGCCAGUUGUGGUCCGAUUAAUGUGUAUACGUGCUGGAUGAAGCCAAUCUACAAUAGCGUUAUCUACAGUAGGUCUGUUAGUCCGACUUUGCAAAAAUCAGACUAGUAAGAUUUCAGUCCGACUAAAGCAUUUACAUGAAGAAUGAUUGUUCUAGUGCAACUAAAACUGAACUUUUAAAGUGCAUGUAAACGUACUAUGUGCAUGUGUUUGUACCUGCCAGUGCGAGUCUGUGAUUAACCACUUGCCAUGCAUACCUCAGUGGGCCUUAUCCAACCUGAAAUCAAAAACUGCAAGGAAGGAUUAUAGUCGGCAGAUUUUGGUGGGGUUGAUGGCACAGAAUAGGAAUCCUGUUAUCCUGACCCAUCAUUUGAGUAGAAAAAUCGCUGCUCUGGAAGAACAAUAAAGUGCAAUGACUGAUGUACUUUUUGCACAAUGCCUAUCAAAUCGUUCAUUGCAUACAAUGGUAAAAAAUGUACCACUUUAUCCUUUACCUGUCAGUCUAUGAACAGAUGAACAAAAUGUGCUCUGCUGAAUUGUAUGGAUUCUGGAGGGUGUGUGUAUGUGUGUGUUGAGGGCUGGAAAAGAGCCAUAGAUGAGUAUGUAUGUUUAAAUGCGUUCAGAAAUGAAUGUUAUGUAAUUGUGAGUGUAAAAUUAUUACAGAUGUGAGGUUAUUUUCUGUGCAUGUGGGUCUAAUGAGAAUGGGGUCAAAUCUGUGGUACUUGUAGAAUGUAGAGUUUAAGGGCCUCAGUGUGUGUAUGAAUAUUUUGUGGAUGUGGAUGGUAUGUAUACUUCAAUGUGGAUGUGUGCACAGUUUCUGUCUGUUUUAAACUCCAGUGCAGUUUCUUCCUUCAGCAUUUUCAAAAAAGAGACAUGGGGGAUCUUAAUAUGCACUUUUUAUUAUCGUUUUACGUGUUUUUUUAAACUGUGGUUUGUAUUCUGGAGGCAUGCUUGCAGAGUAUGAAUUUAGUGUUGCUUGUAAGGAUGUUGUACAGUGCAAAAAAGAAAGACGACAGAAAUGUGUCUUUCUGUUCAUUGUAAGACUGGAAAAAUAUUUUCUCUUUAUCGUGCUUAAACUGUGACAAUUAAAGGAAAUUUAAAAAGCACAA